AUGGGGGAUGCCAAACUCCUCAAACCCGUUGAGGCUCUUGUUCUCCCAUCUCCUUCGCCGAAUCAGCGCCUUUCGGGCCCUGCCAACAAAGCCGCGGUCAAUGCCGAGCCUUUCACAUACGACGACGCCGUCGCCCUUCAUUGUCAAAUCGAAGUUUUCCAGCGGUCGUACCAAAAGGAGGGAUACAAAGUCCCAGACAAUGCGUCCUCCCGAGAGAUCGAACUGGCCAUGAUCCGAGGAACCCUCAACCUGCGCAUCCAUGAAAUCCGUCUCGCCCUCUUCCACAACUUCGUCGCCUUCCCUACCCCGACAGCCUCCUUUUCGGCUUCUCAUCCCACCACGAGUCUUUUCAGAGACUACCAGAACACUCUCACCUCCGCGACCGAGGCUUGGGCAAAGUUCCUUGAAGAGAAGCAGGAGUGGUGGGAGGCUGCGCGCCAAGAGCAGGAGGACGUGGACUACGAUGCCGAUGCAGACGAUGAAGGCUCAUGCGGAGUCAGCCAGCCCCUUUGUCGGAAGAAAAAUGAGAUGAAGGAGCGAGCCACCCUGUAUCGCGCCGUGAAGCAGGAGAUGAGAAGACGCGGCGACCUACUCACCAAGAAUGAGGAGUCCGACAAUGCGGUUGCGCGCCGCCGAAGCAACUUCAGCCUCCCUGAGCACGUCAAGACAAAGGACGACCUCCUCAUCUACCUCAACCAGCUUGGUCUGCGCUACACGCCCCGCACGGCUACACAGAGACGCCGGUCGAGACUUCGAAUGCUUGUGGCGCCUUGA